CUUUUUAAUUUAACGUCCCAUCUCUCUCUCUCCCUCUCUCCUCUCUCUCUCUCUCUCUCUCUCUCUCUCUCUCUCUCUCUAGCCGUGCGUGCGUUGAGGAGAUGAAAGGUGGUGGUAGAAUGGGGGAUGUCCUGACUGAAGAACAGAUUGCUGAGUUUCAGGAAGCUUUCUGCUUGUUUGACAAGGAUGGAGAUGGGUGUAUAACAAUAGAAGAGCUGGAGACAGCAAUAAAAUCGCUGGAUCAAAAUCCAACGAGAGAGGAGUUAGAAAAUAUGAUCAAAGAAGUUGAUGCUGAUGGUAAUGGUACCAUCGAAUUUGGGGAGUUCUUGAAUCUCAUGGCAAGAAAAAUGAAGGAAAAUGAGGCAGACGAAGAGUUGAAAGAAGCUUUCAAAGUGUUUGAUAAGGAUCAGGAUGGUUACAUUUCAGCUAAUGAGUUGAAGCGGGUGAUGAUGAACUUGGGAGAAAGAGUGACGGAUGAAGAGGUAGAACAGAUGAUAAGAGAAGCUGAUUUAGAUGGUGAUGGCGUUGUUAAUUAUGAAGAGUUUGUAAGGAUGAUGUUGGCUGUUUGAUCAAAUUCUCCAAUUUAUAUUUAUACAUAAUUGUAUUCUAAAAUAUAGUGGAAUAUUGCUUUUUGUUUUCUUCAGUUUCUUUAAUUAAUAUAUAUAUAUAUACAAAAACAUUGUGUAUUUGAGAAGGAAGUGUGUAAGUGGCAAAGAAACCAUUUAUUUACCCUUUGGUAUUUUCAUGUAGUCAUGCACAUAAAAUAUUUUAAUAAUAUUUUAAAAAGGUAUUUUUA